UGUUGUUCUAGUUGAAUAAAUUUGUUAUUUGAUUUUGAUAAAAAAAAUUCGAUGUGAAUAAUAUAAUUCCUUGAAUAUACGCUUGUUUGUCGAACAAAACAGAUUUCGUGGAAAGCGACAUACGAAGAGGAGAUAGGGUCAGUGCACAGGAAGCUAAAACGUGGAACAUAAGAGUCCAAUUUGUCGUUCUCCAUACAACCUCGUUCGUUCACGCGAGCGCUGCAUUUUUUCCGUCAGUAUCUGUUGUGACACAGCCGCAAUCGUGUCGCAAUUGCGUGAUUGUUUGCGCCACUUUUUAAUGAGCACUAAUUCACACGUGUCGCACUCGAAGAAAAUCCCGUUAGCUUUGUAGAACAAUGUCAACACGCUGGUUAACCAUUUUCCUGCUGUUAGCGAAUUUUAUUCUGAUAGAUAGCAAUGGGCUACCCAUGAUUAAUGUUGACGUAGAAGAUAAAUGGAUAAGCACUGAUGCGGGAAAUGUUAAUUGCCCAAACGGAGGUUCUGAUUCGUUACCCAGUUUUAAUGAUUCCGAAGCGUCGAUACAAACUCAGAAAUGUUCAACCCUCUUGAAUCAACAAAGAACAAAAAGUCAUCGGCAUAAAGAAGAUGAAAAAGUGUCUUCUGAGAAAAGGAAUUAUUUGAUCGCUACUUUGUCGAAGAUUGCUAAAGUUCGAUCGUUUGAAGAGGAUCCUGUUUCAAUCAAACGAACUUUAAUGUACGAUGCCGUGCGAGAUAAAUCCGCGUAUGCACAAAAUGGAAUUUCUGCAAAGAAUAUGGGAACAUUGACACCGCUUGACGCAAAGAUAUCUUCGGAAUUGUUGUCCAACGGUAUUUUAUCCGUCAAUCCGUUAAGCAAUAAAAUUGGACGAAAAAAUUGUCGAGCUAUACGAGACGUUUAUGUACCGGAGAUAAAGGAGAACGUUCCUUCGUAUGCGUGCACAUCUGAAGGCAAAACGUUUAUUCUCUCGAGUAAGAGAUUUUUGCAGGAUCGUAGAGAUAAUUUACGCGUCAGCAUCGACGACGACACGCUUCGUAAAUUAAACGACCCUGCCGUCGCUCUCACAAACGGCCGAUUCAACAUUAUUCCAGCCAUCUUAAUUUUAAAACCUGGACACGACAACUACGAUAUACAUACAACAAAGGAUCAUCUUACACGAGCAAUAGACAUAUCGAAUGAAAUCUGUUCCCGUUUACGAGAAAAAAAAAUUAGGAGAUACAACUUGAGUGCGUCUCAUGUAAAAUAAAAACUUGAGCAUUAAUUAAACUUAAAUAUAAAUUUUUGUACACUAUUAUGAAUAGUUCUGCGAUUUUAUUAGAAAGCGGUUUUAUUAGAAACAUUCUAAAAUAACCUUACACGAUGAUUGUAUCAUUAACAUAAUUUACAAUGUGCAAAGAAACUUUACAAACUUAGGAGCAACAACAGUUACUCGCACUUAGAAGACUGUAAUAUCCGCAGUGUAAUGCAUUCUUUAUGACAACAUAAAUAUAUAAAUCGUCGUAUCAUAAAUAAUACAAACUAAAAUUAGAAAUGUUUCUCAUUCACGCAAGUGGCAAUGUGCUCCGAACUUAUUAUUUUUAUAAUAUACAGAAUGUCUAUCAACCAAUCACACUUUUUCUUUGAUCAUAAAUUUCUUAAUGUACAUCAAGAUUUUAUGACAAAUUUUAUGAUAAUUGUACAAAAUUAACUUUUAGAAAUAAUUUUUAUUUUAAUUACUAUUUAAUAUUAAAAAUAUUAGCAUUGGAACAAUUUAGAUGAUUGAAAAAGAAUAUAUCGUUUGGACUACUCUGAUACAAAUAAGUUAGAAAAUAAUUUAUUUUAAAGAGCUUUGAUUAUCUAAUAUCUAAUUC